AGUGUGCAGAGCCACAAACUCAAAGGAGAGGACUGAAGGGGAAACAUUUAAGUUAGCUUACAGGAUCAACUUAUUUUCUUCCAUCAGCAAUGGGAUCAAGUGAGUCUAAAGCUACUCCCGCACGUUCUGAGGAGCCAUGGAGGGUGGUGUCACCAACUCCUUCACCUCCUCCACCACUCUUACAGCAGCCAUGGAGGGAGGUGUCAAAGAAGUACAAGGAAAAUCUUGAGUUUGUGAAAUCUUACCAGCCUGAAAACGAACAAGUCAAACAACUCAGGAUUCUCCUUUAUGGACCAAUUGGUGCUGGAAAGUCGAGCUUCAUCAACUCUGUCGACAGCGUUUUAAAAGGCAGACCUGCUGGUCGAGCUCAGACAGAUGCAAUCUCUGGGAAAAGCUUCACCAGACAGUACAAGACCUUCAAAUUUCGCAAAGGUCCAGGGGCCAAAUACUCUUUUGUUUUCAAUGACAUCAUGGGCCUUGAGCAAGGAUCUGACACUGGAGUCUGUGAAGGAGACCUCAAACUGGCCCUGAGAGGACACGUGUCAGAAGGUUACAAGUUUGACCCUGACCAAGAACUGAAGGAGGGUGAUUAUGGCUACAACUCCUAUCCCACUUUGGAAGACAAAGUUCACGUUCUGGUGGGUGUUGUUGCUGCGGACGCAAUGUCUAGGUUAAGUGCUGAGAUGGUGAAGAAGAUAAGAGAUGUCAGACUGGCAGCCAGUGCACUGAAUAUUCCCCAAAUGGUUAUUAUCACCAAAGUUGAUAACGCCUGUCCCGAGGUUAAAAAGGAGACAUGCGAUAUCUAUAGGAGCAAGUACCUGAAGGAAAAGGUUGAACAAUUCCACCAGCUGCUGGGCAUUCCAGAGAACUGCAUCUUUCUUCUGAAGAACUACAGUCAUGAAACUGAGUCAAAUGACCAAGUGAACGCUGCGAUAGUGUGCGCACUCAAACAGAUGCUUCACUAUGGAGACGACUACCUCAACGACCUGGAAACAUGAAUACUCCUGAGGCAAAAACACAGUAUGCGAUUUGUAGGGGAAUGAGGAAAUAUUCAGACAAUGUUUACUGUCUUUGGCAAGCAGGCAAGCUUGAAUCAUGAAAUAUGGAAUAAAAAUGCAUACAAAUUAGGUCCUAAAGUCUUUAUAUAAUUUCUGUCAUUGAGACUUUGCACAAUAGCAGGACAAUGCUCUGUCAUUACGUCGUUAGCUUGAUGUGACGUCAUCACGUGAUCUGGUCAACAACUCAGCUGUUGUGUAGUGCCUUCAUUUGCCGCCCGAAAGAAGUGAUUCAAAAGCUCUCGUCUUUAUUGUUGACUCCCAGUGUUUAAUACAUCACCUGAGACCAACACAUUAAUUCUACAUUCCUUGCCUGGUAUGUGCUUAAUUUAGUUUAUCUUAAAAAAACACAUAAAAAUCAGACAAACAAAUGAUUUUGCUUAAGAGACGAACAAACAAAUAUUAUAUAUCAUGGAUAAUAUUAUCAUCUCUAUUCUGCUCGUUACCUCUCUGGGAACUCUUUGUAUUCUUUUUCAGCUUGACCAAUAUUGUGAUGUACUGUUAUUUGAUGUUCUUGCAAUUUAAGUUGAUUAAUUAUAUUGUUAUGUAGGGUUUGUACCAUGUAUCAUUGAGUUCCUGAUGGUGGGAAGUAAUGACGUACAAAUAUAAAAAAUAUACUCUGUGCAAAAAAAACUAACUUUAAUGUUCAGUGUGGUACAUCGGUGAAGCUAAGAAGACGCAGCUUUACAGAUAUCCCUUCCUCUACUUAGUUUUCAAUCAGUGUGGCAAUCAUGCUCUAAAUAUGUUAAUGUACUGUCCUUAAUAAAUUUCUUCUUCCGGGACUCUCUCA